AUGAAGGGUGGCCUCCCGCAAGUCUUCACACUGUGUUCGGUAAUACUGCUUGUAGCUUCAGUGGCUGGUGCUGCUGAUAUCUUUCUCGACUGGAAUGUCUCCUUCGAUUGGAACAUCAGGCCAGUCCUCUUCCGUCAACCGGUUAUCACCAUUAAUGGAAUGUUCCCGGGGCCCCUUAUUAAUUCAACUACAAAUGAUAUGAUCCAUGUGAACAUCUUCAAUAAUAUCGAUGAACCAUUGCUCAUGACAUGGAAUGGCAUACAACAGAGGCUAAACUCAUGGCAGGAUGGUGUGUCUGGAACCAACUGCCCCAUCAAGCCUGGUAGGAACUGGACAUACGAAUUCCAAGUGAAAGACCAGAUUGGAAGCUUCUUCUACUUCCCCUCCACCAACUUCCAAAGGGCCGCUGGUGGAUUUGGUCCUCUUAGAGUCAACAACCGUGAUGUGAUCCUGGUGCCUUUCCCCAAACCAGAAGCAGAAUUUGAUCUUCUGAUAGGAGACUGGCAUUCCAUCCCUUACAAGGAUGUACGGGGAAUUUUGGCCAACAAGCAUAUGCGUCUCAGUCCAGCUCUCUACAUUCUUAUCAAUGGAAAGGCUCCUUAUAACAAUGUUUGGGGAGGAGAGUAUGAGUCCCUCAAGGUGGAACAUGGGAAGACAUACCGAUUGAGGAUAUCGAAUGUGGGGAAUGCCUUGAGUUUUAAUUUCAGAAUACAGAACCAUCAGAUGAUUUUGGUCGAGACCGAAGGAUCUUAUACAGAUCAGAUAGUCUUGGAUUCUCUGGAUGUGCAUGUCGGCCAGUCAUAUUCUGUAUUAUUCACUGCAAACCAACAGGAAUCAGACUACUAUAUUGUAGCCAGUCCAACACAAAUUGAUACUAGAAACUAUCCUAACAUCAAUGGUGUUGCAGUGCUUCAUUAUGCAAACUCAAACACUCAAUUAAGUGGACCCCUACCUCCUGGGCCUGAUCAAUUGGACAGAGUUUUCUCCAUCAAUCAGGCAAAGUCCAUAAGGUGGAACUUGACGACAGGGGCUGCAAGGCCUAACCCACAGGGCACAUUCAAUGUAACCAAUGUCACAAUCUCACAAACAUUCAUCCUCCAUGGUUCUGAAGCAGAAUUAGGUGAUCGCCGUUGCUACACUAUCAACAAUGUAUCCUACCUGACUCUUUCGACCCCACUGAAACUUGCUGAUUACUUUGUGAAUGGCUCCGGUGUAUACCAGCUCGAUGCCUUCCCGACUAAUUCAGUCAAUCAAGAAGCUGCUCUUGGUACUUCAGUGGUUACUGGAAAUCACAAGGGUUGGAUCGAGCUUGUGUUUAAGAAUGAUCUUGAUGUUAUGGAUUCAUGGCAUCUUGAUGGUUUUGGGUUCUAUGUAGUCGGGUUUGGUGAUGGUGAAUGGAAUCCUGCUUCAAGAGAAACCUAUAACCUAUACAAUCCGGUUGUCCGCUCCACAGUUCAGGUGUAUCCUGGGGGAUGGACUGCAGUUUAUGCAUAUCUCGACAAUCCUGGCAUGUGGAAUCUCCGAUCUCAACGCCUUGAGAACUGGUAUCUAGGCGAAGAAAUGUAUGUGAGGGUCCAUGAUAACGAUCUUAACCCUGCCAAAGAGCGUCCUCCACCUGAGAACCUGCUCCUCUGUGGUAUCUUUGCUCCAAAAGGCUCACCACCUGCCCCUGCACCGGCCGUCAGUUCAGCUCCGGCGCUGUCCCCACUUGGAGACUGGUGAUGGAGGGGUCUCGUCAAGGUGGACUUCAUGAGGAGCUCCACAGGACAGUUAUUUCAUUGUUCGAAAUGAUCACUUUAGCCAGUGGUAUUAAGUUAUCUUCAUAUGGUUAGCUAUUUUUGGUCAUAAAAUGGAGCCUGCGAUGUUAUCCUCUACAAGGUGUGGUUGUUUAUGCUCUGCUGGGAGAGCUACCAGCCUGCUACUUCCAGCAACAGUGUGCCAUUGAUGAAGACUUAUAUAUAUUUGUUUGUGCAUUG